CUGGGGCCCGCAGUCCGCCUGCCGCUUCAGCCUCUUCAUGGGCAUCUUCAGCUGCAUCUACUCGGCUCUGCAGGGCUUCAGGAGCUCGUACAUCCUCUACAAGGGCUUCCAGGAAUCUUCCUUUUCAGAAUUUAUAAGCAUGAUGCUUAGUAGUGCCAUUGCUUUACUGAUGCUGAUUGCCAGUGCCACAGUGAGUGAUGGCCUUAAUGUAUGGUGCAACUCGGUUACAGACGAGGGCAACAUGACAAUCAGUUGCAGAGAUGCUCAAGAAGAACCUCUUAAUCUGAGAGGGGUCAAUCCAUUGUUCUAUGAUCACUUUGGUACUGCACAGUUUGGCCUUUGGUGUGCUUGGGUAGUGUGGAUUGUAUUGGCAUUCCUUGCUUUCCUGAAAAUUUCGCACAGUUGCAACAGAGAUGACGUUUCCCUAAGGUAUAAAGAAACGCUUCUGACCCAGCAAUCACAAGGUUUCCAUGGAAAUGUAACUAGUGUAUUUGUUUAAUAGCUGUGUGCAAGCUCACUAAUAGAAAAGCUGGGACCAACAUGUUACUGAUUCCAGUGCUUCCAUUUUUGAUGGAUUGAAAUGUCCUUUGCUUACUCUUGUAGGUACAGAGCUUCACUCAGAACCAAAUGAUAUGUAAAAAUGACAUGGGAUACAAUGUACUGUUGAUCUGUUCAUUAAAUAACCACUUUCUCUAAUGUAUGUGUGAGGUAAAAAUGCAAACUUCCUUUUGCACUAUUUGAGGCCAUAUUUUCGCUGUGAGCAAUGUGAUGGAGUUAAUAGAAGAGAGGAAGUUGUGGAGGUGGGUCAUGGAAGGUAGAUACUUUAAUGUUACAAUAAACUAAUUGUAUUAUUUUGCACUAAUUGCCAUAAAAUGUAUAAUGGAGAAAAAUCAUGAAAAUCAAUUUGCACAUGAGUUUACACAUGUUAAUGUAUAAUGUUACGAUUGACUUGGAUUUUCAGUUCUACUUCAUACUCUGUAUUUAAAAUCAAUAAAGUUAUUUCCUUUACU